UUUUAUUUAUCAUUAAAAAAUAUUAAAUUGUAAAACUUGAAUAUGAUUCAUUGACGAACUUUUAUUGCACAUUUCAAUUGUGCUUAACAAGUUUGAGACUUCGACCUAAUCGUAUAUUGAUUGAACAACUAUGGGACCACCUAAAAAAAUUAAAAAAUAUGACUCCAAAAGUGGAAGUGACAGAUCAGGCAAGAAAAAGAAAGUCGAAGAAGAUGUUACAAUAGAUCUCGUAGAUGAUGAUAAUCCAGAAAAUGCAGGUGUACCUGGUGCAGCUAUGCAAGAUGCAGAGAAAAAUGAUCAAGUACCUGAAGAUGAAUUUGGUGCUAAGGAUUACAGAAGCCAAAUGGAACUUAAACCAGACAAUGCAAGUCGCCCUCUGUGGGUAGCACCCAAUGGCCACAUAUUUCUUGAAGCAUUUUCACCUGUUUAUAAACAUGCUCAUGAUUUCCUCAUAGCUAUUGCUGAACCUGUCUCUAGACCUCAACAUAUUCAUGAGUACAAAUUAACAGCAUACAGUUUAUAUGCAGCUGUGUCGGUAGGGCUGCAAACAAAUGACAUUGUGGAAUACUUGCAGAGGCUCAGCAAAUGCACUGUGCCUGCCGGCAUUAUAGAGUUUAUUCAACUCUGUACUUUGUCUUACGGCAAAGUGAAACUUGUUCUAAAACAUAAUAGAUACCUGGUGGAGAGCAAGCACGUGGACGUGCUGCAGAAGCUGCUGCGGGACCCCUUGGUGCAGCAGUGCCGCCUGCGGCGCGACGGCGAGCACGAGAUCAUGACGACGGCGCCCGCCGCGCCGCCCGCGCUCGCCGCCAAGCCCGGUGAAGAAAAGCCGGCCUCCAAUGGAGCCGUUCCUGAAGAUAUUAGCCAGUUCUACCAGCAGCUGGACAAAGACGAUGAUGACGACGAGACCACCGACAUUACGGCAAAGAACACCGCGGUAGCUUUCGAAGUGGACCCUGACAAGAUCGAGGUUAUACAAAAACGAUGCAUCGAACUGGAGUAUCCGCUUCUAGCUGAAUACGAUUUCCGCAACGACACAGUGAAUCCUGAUAUAAAUAUAGACUUGAAACCGACCGCCGUGCUUCGUCCGUACCAAGAGAAGAGUCUUCGGAAAAUGUUCGGAAAUGGACGAGCGAGGUCGGGCGUGAUCGUGCUGCCGUGCGGCGCCGGCAAGUCGCUGGUGGGCGUGACGGCCGUGUGCACGGUGCGCAAGCGCGCGCUCGUGCUGUGCAACUCGGGCGUGUCGGUGGAGCAGUGGAAGCAGCAGUUCAAGUGCUGGUCCACGGCCGACGACAGCAUGAUCUGCCGAUUCACGUCGGAGGCGAAGGACAAGCCGAUGGGCGCCGGCAUCCUGAUCACGACGUACUCCAUGAUCACGCACGGACAGCGACGCUCGUGGGAGGCCGAGCAGACCAUGAAGUGGCUGCAAGCGCAGGAGUGGGGGCUGGUGGUGCUGGACGAGGUGCACACCAUUCCCGCCAAGAUGUUCCGACGCGUGCUCACCAUCGUGCACUCGCACGCCAAGCUCGGUCUGACGGCGACGUUGCUGCGUGAGGAUGACAAGAUCGCCGACUUGAACUUCCUGAUCGGGCCGAAGCUGUACGAGGCCAACUGGCUGGAGCUGCAGGCGCACGGGUACAUCGCGCGCGUGCAGUGCGCAGAGGUGUGGUGCCCCAUGACGCCCGAGUUCUACCGCGAGUACCUCGUGCAGAAGAUUAACAAAAAGAUGUUGCUGUACGUGAUGAACCCUUCGAAGUUCCGCGCGUGCCAGUUCCUGGUCCGCUACCACGAGCGACGGGGGGACAAGACCAUAGUGUUCUCGGACAACGUGUUUGCACUGCGACACUACGCCGUCAAAAUGAACAAGCCGUACAUCUACGGGCCGACGUCGCAGAGCGAAAGGAUACAGAUAUUGCAGAACUUCAAGUUCAAUCCAAAAGUGAAUACAAUAUUUGUGAGCAAAGUCGCCGAUACCAGCUUCGAUCUACCGGAAGCUAACGUCUUGAUACAGAUAUCUUCGCACGGAGGUUCGAGAAGGCAAGAGGCGCAGCGCUUAGGUCGAAUUUUGAGAGCAAAAAAAGGAGCACUAGCAGAAGAGUACAAUGCGUUUUUCUACACAUUAGUAUCGCAGGAUACCUUGGAGAUGGCGUACAGUCGUAAAAGACAACGGUUUCUAGUUAAUCAAGGUUACAGUUACAAGGUUAUUACUGAAUUAAAAGGGAUGGAUCAAGAGCCAGACUUAUUUUACGGUACUAGAGAAGAGCAAGGCAUGCUACUACAGCAAGUGCUGGCGGCGUCGGAGACGGACUGCGAGGAGGAGCGCGAGGGCGCGGCGGGCGCGGGCGGCGCGCGGCGCGCGGGCGGCUCGCUGGCGUCGCUGGCCGGCGCCGACGACGCGCUCUACCUCGAGCACCGCCGCGCCGCGCAGCACAACAAGCACCCGCUCUUCAAGAAGUUCCGAUACUGAGCGCGUCCCAGUCGGUCGUUGUAUCGU